AUGGCUGGAGGUUUCCUCCCCUAUCACGAACCAGGCAUUGUCAACGUUCUCAUCCUAAUCUCCUUUUUCUUCUUCCUCUCCCUAGCGGAAUGGAUCUCUUCAAAAAUCAUCCGCGCCGGCAUCAUUGGCCAGAUCGCCGUCGGUAUUAUUUACGGAACGCCACUGGCGAACAUCCUGCAUGAAGAUUGGCAAUCCACUUUCCUUGCACUAGGUUAUAUCGGCUUGAUACUGAUCAUCUUUGAAGGCGGGCUAGGAGCUCGCCUUGACCUCCUAAAGAAGAAUCUUUUUCUGAGUAUGAUUGGCGCUGCAACAGGGGUUCUUUUUCCGAUCGGACUUUCGUACCUGCUCCUCUACUUGGGAUUCGGUUAUGGUGCUGUUGAAACCUUCAUCGUGGGAGCAUCUUUGUCUGCUACCUCUCUUGGCACGACCUUUGCUGUUAUCUCAACUGCCUCGAGCACGGUCGAUCUCGCCCAAACUCGCGUCGGAUCGAUCCUCGUAAGCGCAGCUGUCAUUGACGAUGUUGUUGGCCUGGUAAUGCUAAGCGUCAUCAGUGAUCUAGGCUAUUUAAGUCAAGGUCACUCUGUCAAUCUGGGCUGGCUAAUUGGCCGCCCAAUCGUAGCCUCCAUCGGAAUGGCUAUUGUAACCCCCCUGGUAACAAAGUAUCUCUUCGCGCCACUGUUCCGCCGCUACAUCGAGUAUCAUUUCGCUCGGUUCGACCACAUCUCCAACAUCAUUCUGAUGAUCUUGGUCCUCUGCGCAUUUAUCAGUAUUGCCGCGUAUACGGGGACUUCCAUCCUCUUCGGUGCAUUUCUGGCUGGUACAUUCUUGACUUAUAUCCCUAGUAAACAUCCAGAUGGACCGUUUGUGGUUAUGAGCCGCGAGGAAGGCGAAAGGGAGGAGAACAAGAGUCCGACGUUUGUGCACACCUUCGAGCGCUAUCUUUUAGAUGUGCAAAAGUAUCUUAUGGAGCCGCUUUUCUUUUCGAGUGUUGGAUUCGCCAUCCCCUUUGUGCAGCUCUGGACCGGGAAGAGGAUCUGGAGAGGUAUCGUCUUUACCCUUCUUAUGCUGUUUGCAAAGCUCAUCGUCGGAAUCUGGGUCCCUCUCUGGCAAUUACUUUCCAGUUCCAAUCUCCUGAACAGAAAGACGGCGAAAGAGUUUCCUAGCGAAGAGUACCCCAGCGAAGAGUACCCCAGCGAAGACAGCAAAAACCCAGUCUGGUCCACAAUCUGCCUCUCUGGCCUACUUCUCGGCUCGGCAAUGGUUGCCCGCGGCGAGAUCGGCCUCCUCGUUGUCGAGGUCGGGUACAAUGAGACUUCGUACGUGAGCGAGGAUGCCUUUAUAACCGCCGUCUGGGCGAUUCUGCUUAACACGGUCCUUGGCCCUGUAACUGUGGGGCUGCUGGUGAAAUUUCAUGGAAAGAAGAUAGAGAAGGGAGCAUGGGGCCUUCAGUGGGCUGUUCCUGCUGGCGGUGGCGGUAGUGGUGAUUCAAGCAUCGAUUCCUCAGUUGGGUGAUAUGCUAGGCACCAUACUAUUUCAACACUCCAGAGGGCCACUCUGGUCCGGCUCAGAGCCUUUUUUCCCACGAAUAAUCAACCUUCAGUUAACCGCUUACUUGCAAAAUAGUCGACUACAGGUAUCAUCCAGCUCUAGUCUCUAAGCGCAGGAGAUGAAUAUUCACUGCAGGACAAAUCGG